AUGUAUUUCAGCUAUUUUUUGGUCUACUUCGGCGUUAUUGGAGCCAGUGCAGCAGAUAAUAAUUUUCGUAAGGCUCUUCAACUGUCUGACAAGAUAUGUUCUGUUAAUUUUGAUCCUAAAGAGGGUAGGUUUCAAAGGGUAUUCGAGACGGUUACUGGAUUCAUGUUACCUUCCUAUCUGACUACGCACGACACGAGUCCAUACAGUGGUUUCAAAAUUCUCAAGACCUACACUUUCAGACCUACUUCUUUAAGAUCCGAGACUCGACUUGGAGUUGCUUUCUGCGGUCAGGGAAAGGUUCAGUGGCAGACAAGCACUCAACUUCAAGAUGAUAUAGAGUGGGAUAAGCCGUUUUGCAUUUAUAACCCCGAUUAUGGGAGCCAAAAAAAGGCUAUCAAGGCUAGUCUCUGGAGUAAGGUAUGGCACAGAGUUACAGCCUCUAGUAAACAUUCAAAUAGUUUACGGACUAUGGCAAAGGGUGAUAUUGAGAAUUUUCAUUGUUUUAAAUUAGCUCGAAGAAAGAAAUACUUUGGCAGAAGUAAUUCUCUCUUUUUCCCCGGAAGUUGGGUUGGGGGUUUAUUCUACUGUGACCUUGAUAAUGAUAUGAAAAGCUACUUACUUGAUAUUUCAGGUGAUGAUUUGACGUUGUCGGAUCAAGGCGAUUUAGAUCUUUGUACAGUGAGAAAUUCCAUACCAUUAUUACCUCUUGAAUCCGACAACUAUGGUAAAAGUUGGCUUGAAUAUGAAAACUCCAAAUUGCUCACUCUUUUGGGUAAAGUGCAGGGAUUUCAAGUCACAAAAUAUGUUCCCUUUCUAUUCACGCCGAAUAGUCAAAUCGAAGAACUAAACUUUAAAAAUUCAGAAAGAGAGCUCUCGACCAAAAUGGCGAAAGAUAGGCCAAAGGCGGUUCAAGAUCAGAUACGAGAGUUACUGCUCAAGAGUACAUCAAGCUCCAAUACCGGUGAUCCAUGGUACUCUGAAAUUGAUGUCGAAGAGAAUUAUAUGUUCUCGCCAGAAGAAAUAAAAAUGAUGGACAGAUUAACCGACAAAACUCUGAAUUUAUUGAACCGUCUAUCUCUAUCUUCUCGAGACAGUGUUAAUAAAUUCCUGUCAGCUCCCGAGAGCUUGUUGCCAAACGGUGGUACCGCUAAAAGGCUGCGCAAAUAUUUCCACCGAAUGGAAGCUAAGAUCUGGGAAUAUUUGCCCGUUUAUGAUAAAAACCUGGCAGUGAUGACAAAAGAGCCUGAGCAGUUGCAGGAAUCUGAGAAUGAAUGGAAGAAUAUGAGAAUAAAUGGCCGAAAGUAUAAAUACUCUAUUUAUUGA